AUGAUUGAUGAACGUCACUUGUCACCGAAUUACAUUGUUGUUAGUCCCAUUAUUGCAUCACUUCAAUAUAACGAAUCAUUUUUCGGGCACGAUGUUCUGCACUUUUGCGGCGGGAGUAUUAUCAGCGAAAACUGGAUCGUUACAACUGCCCAAUGCGCCACUGAGUUAGAAAAGGAGGAACUGCAAGUGCGAGUUGGGUCAAAGUAUUACUACGAAGGUGGCCAGAUUCACUUAGUCGCUGACAUCUUAGUACAUCCUAAUUACAGCGAAGCACAUAAUGACUUCGACGUGGGACUACUUAGGCUGGCUAGUAACAUCACCUUCGACAACCAAACACUGCCAAUAAGGUUACCUCCACCCGAUAUGGAAAUUGCAAACGAAGAAAUGAUUGCUGUUGUCGGAUGGGGGGCAAUAAAGAAUCUCGGAAACUUCUCGGGGGAAAUUCGCAGCACUAAAGUGAUGAAGAUCGACAAUGACAAAUGCAGACUCGUUUACGGAAAUUUCUCCGUAACUGACCGGAUGUUUUGCACAAAUGUAGAUGGCGCUGGACCAUGUAUGGGUGAUUCUGGAUCUCCGGCAUUAGCUAAAAAUCUCAUAGUCGGAAUAGUGUCAUGGAGUCAUAAAUGUGCAGAAGCCGAGUACCCGUCCGUCUUUGUCAACGUGCCAAUCAUUUCAGGAUGGAUAACAAAUGUGACAGGCGUGUCAUCGACCAGCAGAAUGACAUACAGUGCGGGAUUAUUAAUAUUGGCAAUAUUAUUAGGACUGACAUAAUUAUUAACUAAUAUUAUAGUAUAAUAGACGAUCUGAGUCUCUUCUUCGGGCUAUCGCGGUCGACCUUGUUAUCGAGCUUAAUCUCGCGGACGAAUGAUAAGGAAGAAGGCGCGAUCAGUGACGUAGUGAUAAUUCGAUGUCGGAAUUUAUCCUGAUCGAUAAGUCGAAAUUAUGUCGGUCGAUGAGGUGUCUGAUAUCGGAAGAUGUCCCGAAGUCCAACCUAUCAAAAAUAUAUCCGAUUGAUUGAUAAUCGCUAACCCUUAAACGGAUAUUAGGUCAUUUUUGGCCAUCGUCAUGAAAUGAAAUAUUUCAUACCUGGAAAUCGAAAAAUAUUGUCCGAAUUUUAAUGCCGAUCGUCAAUUUUAACCGAAUUAAAUUAUUCUUUGUCAUAUGUAAUCGGCUAAUUAUCUGAACAAUUAGUCGAUUUCAUAUGAAUUAGAAUAGUCCCUCGCGAAAAAUGAUAUAAUUGUCACACAAGAGUAUAGAGUCACUUUCAACAUAUUUUCUGACAAUUAUUAAUCGUUAACUACGGGAGAAUAUGAUAAAGUGUCAAAUUGCAUAUGCAAAGUGCGGAUUCAGGAUUUCAUGACAUUGGCUCAAAAUUGAUAAAUUUCUGUUUAAACGAACUGUCGGAGGCAUCGAGUGCGGAUUCGUACAAAUUUCUGUGAUCA